GUUGAAGUAGAAACUGUGUAUAAUAGAUGUACAGAGGAGCUUUUUUAUUUGUUGGGAAACGAUUGUGAUACUUUGUUCCAGCAGGUUGACAACUCGUGCUGGAGAGUUGCUGUUGUUGGGAGGACAGCGCUGCCGGUGAAGCAGGUCUAUGUAAGAAAAGGCUGCUAUCUAGUGGUUACAUGUGCAAACGACAGGGGAGGAUGUGAUGAAAUAAUGUUCAGGAUAUAACAAUACGUUUCAUACUGAGACACAAAACAAACAUUCCUUUGUCGUCUAACACCCUGAAAAGACCAAACAUUGAGUCUGAGUAUUCCUUCAGAAGUAAGUGGUAGGGCGAUGCAGGAGUCACUCUAUUCCUAUUAUAAUGACUAUUUCAAAAAGGCUAUAUGUGGAUAUCUUUUUGUGUUGCCUGAAUUCCUCAAAUCCUUGUUGUUCCUGUUUCCAUCUCUGAUAUUUUAAACUAAUUUUGAAUGAAUGUAUUUCUAUUCUCAGAACAACUUAUGCAAAAAAAGACGAAGAAGAAAUUACAGAAAUCAGAGAAUGGGAAUAUUUGAAAUCUUCAUCAUUUGAUCCGGAAACACUAUAACCAAAUUUUCUCAACUUAAUUCUGUGUUGCGAGUAAAAUCUUCAUUUGAAAUAAUAGCAUUUGCACAAGAGUAUUUCCAACAGCGGCAUUCCUAAACGAUCUGGAAUGAUCCAGUGACUUCUGCACUCCUGAGAAACAGCUCCCUCCAGUGGAGUGCUCCGGUAGUGACAGGAAAGUUCCUGAAGACUCUGGACCUCCUCCAGUUAGGGUAUAAAAGCUGGGACAGUCUCACUGUGGGGACAGAAAACAGCACAGAAGAGACGACAGUUCUACAAGAAGACUGAACACUAAAGCCGCACUGAAGAUGCUUUGCUCUCAUGGAUUCCAGUCCGCCCUCAGUCCAUUCACGGGCCUCCACUGGCCUGCACGCAGUCUGUGGCCAGAUGUCAAACCUCUGCUCCACCAGCAGGAUCUACUGCAGAGAAACCUACAGGACCUCCGCAGCAGUCUGGAUCUGAUGGACAAACUUCAUCAGGAGAUGCUGCAGGAGACGGAGCCUUUCCAAACCAGCGUGGCCCUGCAACCGGUCUCCUGCCAGCUGGACACAGAGGGGGAGAACUUUGGCCUGAGCCUGGACACUCGAGGAUUUUCCCCAGAGGAGCUGUCCGUCAGGCAGGUGGGCCGCAAGCUGAGAGUCAGCGGGAAGACGGAGAGGAAGCAGGAGGACGGGGAAGGCUCCUACUCUUACAGCCACCGGGAGUUCAGACAGGAAUUCGAACUGCCAGAAGGGACAAACCCCGAGGCCAUCACCUGCCGCCUGGCUCCAGACGGGAAGCUCCACAUCCAGGCAGCCAGAGCUCCACCAGGGGACGAGAAGGAGAGAGAGCUGACCAUCCAGAGGAGCUCGGAGGAGAAGACACAGCAGAGUGUGUGUGCACAGACACAAGGCAGCAGCACACAGAACCUGGAGACAUCUGCUGGGUGUUCAAGCCGUGUACAGUAACUGUGUUGAACGAACAAUCUGUUUCAUAAAUUGUAUGAUCAAUAAACUUAUUUGAAUGUAAA